CGCGGGACCAGCCUGGCAGGAGAAGCAGGCAGGCAGGGGGCAGGCAGGGGGCAAUGCAUCUGCCCCUCCCAGCUGCGAGGUUCCGCCCUCCCUUUUGGGGAAGGGGUGCUCGGGUUUCACUCCGGGGCGGGCGGCGGCACAAAGGGCAAAGGAGCGCAGGGCCGGCCAGGUUGAUUGUCAGCCGCGGGCUAGAUUCUUUGCCUGGAGAAAGCGGACUCGGGGUUGUCUCCACCCGCUUCUCUGCCGUUUCUCUGCUCUGCCCAGCCGCCUCUGGCGUUUCGCGAUGCCCUUUCCUUCGGAUCGGCUGAGCCUGGCAUUGCUCCUGGCUGUGGUGACUCGGCCCGGGCUGGCGGCGCCGGUCAGCACUUGCGAUGCCAACGGGAGCCUGUACUUCGUAGGUGAAUGGUAUUCCCUGGAUAGCGACCACUGCAUCCAGUGUGAGUGCACGGCGGAAGGACCAGCUUGUGCCCGCACUGACUGCGCCGCUCUGCCGCCGGCCUGCAUUCACGUCAGCCACUAUCCGAGCGACUGCUGCCCGCGCUGCGAACGCAUCGGCUGUGAGCACCGAGGACAGGUUUAUGAACUGGGACAGCAUUUUCAGCCUUCUGAAUGUGAGCAGUGUACUUGUGACUUGGAUGGAAUUGCCCGCUGCCUGGUAGCAGACUGUGCCCCCCCACCCUGUGUCAACCCCAUCUACGAGAAAGGCCACUGCUGCCCUAUCUGCAAGGAAGGACCAAACUGCUACAUAGAUGAGAGCCAGCACAACAUUAUUCCCGCUGGAGAUAGCAUCUGGGUCGGUCCCUGUAUUCGCUGCCGUUGUCAUGAUGGACAAGAUGCUGGCUAUUGGGAAGGAAACCACUUAGCUAAAUGUGAGCAGCUGGUGGGAUGCCGAGUUUCAGAUAGACACCAUUCCUAACCCCUUUAAAUAUUAAGUGGUUCCUUAACCACCUCAUCUCUUUAAGGGCUAAGUUACAAAUGAACCCCACCAGAUGCUGUUCUGCCAACUCCAAACUACAAUUAUCCAUCCUAGAUCCUGAUCAGAGUCCAGUUCCCUACUCUUCUGCUAUCUAGGCCUUCUAGGAAAGACCCUUCAGUUAUUGUUCUUCUUCUUCUUGUGCCAUAUCCGUUAUCGGACGUUGGCGAUCAUGUUGGCGAUCCUGUUUUAAUCAGCAGCCGCACGAAAAAGUGCUGCUCAGUUUUGUCCAAAUGCUGCACUACAAUUCCCAUCAUCCCUUGCCAAUGGCUCUCUAGCUAGGGUUGCUGGGUGAUAUACUUCUGCAAUAAUUGCAAGACAACAAUUUCCCCAUCCCUGCUCCCCAAUUGCAUUGCCAAUAGCAAUCUCUGCUGUAUUUUAUAUAGGAUUUAACUUUUAUGCCUAUCUUCUCCUCCCAGGAUUCCAGUCAAUUCCACUCAAAAGACAGCCUCUUUUGUACAGUGUUGUACUGAAUAGCUUCAUCUGCAUGUACUCCUUGACUAUAUGACAAUAAAGAAUCCUUACGAAAUAGCUUCUCUUUCCUGUACAUUUGAGCAACUGUACACAUAAUUUCCUGGGCCAAUUGUUCAGUUUCUGCCCCAUAAAAUCAAGAUAGUGUGAGAAACUAGAAUGUAUUUUGGAAAUGUCUUGAAUUUGGCCUUGCUAAGAAGAAUAAAGAAAAGGAAACUACAGAUGAGAAAUGUCCAACCUGGUGUCUUCCACAGACUUCAGCUAGCGACAUUGUUAGCCAAUAUAGUCAUAGGCUGAGAAUUCUGGGUAC